AUGAAGUUCAUCAUUCUUACUUGCCUUUUGGCUGUUGCUCUUGCAAAGCAGGAGUCCAUGGAUAACUCUCAAGAAGACUUUAAGCAGACUGUGGAUGUGGUCAUUUUCCCUGGUCAGGAAACCGUAAAGAACAUUCCCAUUCCCCAAAUGGAAUCUGUUGAAGCUCCCAUAAAGAACAAAUGCUACCAAUCCAUUCAGAAGUUCAAACCACCACAAGCCCUCAAGGGUCUUUAUCAAUAUCACAUGGCUAAGAAUCCAUGGGGCUAUACUGUGAACCGUGCCUUCCCCUCCACUCGCACUCUGCAAUCCAACCAGAAAACGAUGGACCCGAGCAUGCGUGCCAGAGAGAAAAUCGUGAUGUCUGAAAUAAAAAAGAACAUCCAAGAUCACGUGACCAAAAUGCAACAAUACAGCAAGAUCACCUGGCCACAGUUUGUAAAGUCUCUCCAGCAAUACAAGAAAACUAUAAACCCGUGGAGCUAUUACCCAUAUACCCUCCUCCAGGUGGUAGGAAGGGCUUUCGCCGAUAUGGACUCCCGUCGUAAACUUUGUUUGGCCAGGGAGGAGCUCCAGCAGUCACGCCCCUCGCCCAGAUCUCCCUAA